CUGCUUAUAACCAGGCACAAUGACAACGAAUGGUUAAAGCUGGACAUCGAUAUAUCAGCAUAGGAAUCAAGAAAAGUAUUUACAAUGACACCAUCUCCGGAUGAUGAGCAAGAGGUGGAGAACCUGGUCCACAGACUCCUCCCUGGUGCAAACAAGAUAGACCGGUUGUAUCCUUAGAUCUCUAUCACGUGUUAGGAUAGGUUUUUCAGAGCCUCCGAGAGGGCUAGGAUCCGUGACUAGAGAUGGGGAGCAUACCGGAGGUGACCCUGAGCUCCGGCGGCUCCCGGCCCAUCCCCCUGGUGGGCAUGGGCACCGCGGGCCGGCCCGUCGUGCCGGAGAACGUAAAGCUUGCCGUCCUCCAAGCCAUCGAGCUCGGCUACCGCCAUUUCGACACCGCUUCCCUAUACCAAACGGAGCGGCCCCUCGGUGAGGCCAUCGCUGGAGCCUUGCAGCGGGGCCUUGUUAAGUCCCGGAGCGAGCUCUUCGUCACCUCCAAGCUAUGGUGCAGUGAUGCCCACCGUGACCUCGUCCUCCCGGCCCUCCAGAGGAGCCUCCGGUACUUUUUGGAAAGAACACCCUCUUUUACUCCUCUCUCCUCCCGACUCCCGCGAGGAACGCACACUCUUUUUUCUUCUUUUAAGUUGUUUUUUUUGAGAAAAAAAAUCCUUCUUUACUCUACCUUGAUUUACAUUUCUCUUCAGGUUUCCUUAAGAUGGGUAUACGAACAAGGGGUGGGCUUGGUAGUGAAAACUUUUAACAAGGAAAGGCUCAAGGAGAAUAUCAAUAUCUUUGAUUGGGAAUUAAGUGAUGAAGAACAUCAGGAAAUUAGUCAAAUUCCACAAUGUAAGAAAUACUCAUUACAGUCUAUACUCUCCCAUGAUGGGUCUUGUAAGCUGCUUGGCCUUUCAGAUUUUGAUGUGCUUGAUGAGUAAUAAACCAAAUGCAUUGGAUGAUUUGAGAAAACUUAUAGUUACAUUCAAAAGACAAAUUAUUCUAUCUAUUAAUGCUUUGUAUUUUAUAUUUCUCCAUGGCGAGUGAUAUAUUUUUAGCUCUUGGCUUUUGCAACCCUAAAUUAUACUCCUUUGUCGUCUUCGUGUAUGAAAAAUAUAAGAAAUAUGUGGAAUCAAUUUUCAUCUUUCUAUCGUCUGUAGCAUGAAUAUUUGGAGAUUGGAGAGAGAGUGGGGGAGAGAGAGGAUUUUACCGUGGCUUGUCAAGGGUGCAUUCACCCUUCAUUUUUUAUUGUUUUUCAUUCUUUUAUGUUUUUUCUCUCCUUGGUUGUAUAGUGUUGCAGUGUCAUGCCUCACAAAGUGGUUGGAAUGGAAUAGGUGUUUUGACAUUACAACUAGAAACCAAAGCUCACAAUGUAUCCCAUUGCUUCCACAAAUGCACAUAAAGUUUAUCCCUGAAACCAAGUUCAAAGAAUGUCAUGCCCAAUUUAGAACAUAUGCACAUUGAUGUGAUAUCUGAAGAAGCAUGU